CCGACAAUAAGUCUCUGACGACCGUGGUCGGGUUUGUUCGUGGAUUACGUUGCGGUUGUUCCCGUUUCUCAUUUGUAAUUCAAUAUCUCAUCGGUGGAUUUGCGAAUCGCAAUCUCGUGAUGUCGUUUUCCUUCAACCCUUUAGCUCCCGGGCUGCAUCCGAUGCAUCCACUUCUAUCGGGUGGGGGUGGUUUUCUUACAGCUCAACAAUUAGGAGCACCACCCACACCUGCCAAUGCUGCGCUUAUAGCUGGCAUAAACAAUAAGCCUCUUGAGUUUAAAAUGAAACCGGUCCAGAAUGGUUCGGGUGCAGCACCGAUGGAGCUGGAAACGGUAAACGAACACGAAACGAUCAAGGACAAUGGAAACCCGUUGGUGGCGCUGGAAAAGGCACGCGAGGAAAGCAUAAACAAGAAGAUGCUAGAAGAGUUGCACAAGCAGCACCAGAACCAGUUGCAGCAUCCUAACGGUGGUGAAUUAGUUUUCAACCAACUACUGCAGCAACAUCAGUCCCCACACCACGGAUUUAUGAUGAUGCCGGGUGUCAUGAACAUGGUGGACGGUUCAUCCCUUAUAAGCAUGCAACCAUUUCCGAUGAUGGCACCAAGUGCGGAAUUAUCCGGCGCAUUAAAUGGAACCGCCAACACUGUCCCGUCUGUUACCGCAAAUGCCUCUGGUGCUUCUGCUACCGGUUCCACCAACGUGGAGAAACCUGCAUCCGCCAAGGAAAUAAUCUACUGCAAAAGCUGCACUCUAUUUCCACCCAACCCGAACGCACCAGCCCCUAAAACGAUCGAACGUCCCCCUGGGUGUCGGACGGUGUUUGUCGGAGGACUUCCCACCGGCAUGACUGAGGAGGUGAUGAGAGAAAUUUUCGAACGGUGCGGCGAAAUUACCACGCUACGGUUGUCAAAGAAAAACUUCUGCCACAUUCGGUACGUGUACGAGGCGUCCGUUGAUUCCGCCAUCUAUUUGUCCGGCUAUCGGGUGAAGAUUGGCAGCAACUUCACCUACGGUGGUGGUGGCACGGAAGCGAAGGAGCCACCCAUCUUCGGGGUACUGCACGUAGAUUACGCACAGGCCCGUGACGAUCAGUACGAGUACGAGUGUAAGCAGCGAAAGUUGCAGCGCGAAAAGCGACACCGAGAGCGACUGGAGGAGGAUCGCUUUCGGUCCCUUUCACCACAACCCGUCGUGCACUACACGGAGCACGAAGCCGGUUCGGUGGCGGAACGGUUAAAGAACGACGAAACGUUUGCGAAAGCCGUACAGACGCUUGUGACCUGGCUAGAGCGGGGUGACUGCAGCAAAAAGAAUGCAAACAACUUCUACUCGAUGAUCCAGAGCACCAACUCGCACGUACGACGGUUGCUGAACGAGAAAGGCGUGUGCGACGAGGAGCUCAAGCGGGCCCGGGAACAGUACCGGCGGCAAACAAAGGGAAUGCUAGCACAGUUCAGUCAGAUUGAAAAAGUUUUCAAUGCGGCCAGUCACAAGAAGGUUUGGGAUCAUUUUACUAAAGCCCAAAGAAAAAACAUCGAUGCGUGGAAGAAGCAGUCACUGGACAUAAAGUGUGUUCAGUUGGAUGAUUACCCCGAUGAGGAUGGGAUGGAUAUGUCCGACGACGACCAUUCGGUUUCAUCGUUACCAUGCAAAAAGUCUCGCUGGGAGCAAGAUCAUAAGGAUCACGCUGUCGACACGGAACGGGGCACUUCCGACACGAUCGACCCUCAGGCAACGCACGACAGCGAACUAAAGAUGAAGAUCCUGCACAUUGAGGUGCUGCAGGAAACGAUUCGCAACCUGCAGACCCAGCUGCUCGAAAAUAAAGCCAAAGAAACGGAAAGGCAAUCGCGCAUCUGCGAGCUAGAAGACGAGCUGAAGGAUGCAAACGUGAAGCAGCUGCUGCUAAAAACGAAAAUUGCCACCACGAAGGCGGCUGCUUCCUGUGCUGCGAGCAUUUCAUCAUCGGGCAAGGGUGGAGACUCGGAGAGUGAGGAGUGUGCCACAAUCAAUAUUGCCCCGGAUACGGGCCCGUCUUUGAACGCUACCAAUCCGGCCAUCGAAAUGGUGUGCAAAGCAACGGUCACAACCGGAACUAGCUGUGAGAUGGUGGUUGGUGAACCGGCAGCCAUCGCACCGAACGAGCGGGAAGCCAAAAUACUUGCCUUCGCCUCAACAUUUCUUAUGAUUAACCCGCUCGGUGUGCCACUGGAACAGAUCUGGGCGUACGUCGGCCAGUAUGUGCACGAAAUGAAACCAAAGGAACUGGAAGAAACCUUCGCUCGCUAUCAGGAGCUUUUCGAACGGUGCAACCUACCGGUUAGUAGUAACGAUCAAUUGGGCGCGGUACAAAAACCCAGCCCGGUGAUCAAAUCUAGUCCUUGUUAUAGAUUUAUUGCCCACAAAUCACCCGUCAAAUAAGUCAUUCAGAAGAGUCACGCAAAGAACACUCAAAAUGAUCGCUUUUAAAGCUCACCGAUGAUCGGUUUAUGUUUUAAUUAAUAGAUAGUUUGCCGUACAUUAAGCCACUGGAUUGCAAACAAUAACUUCACUUAGUGAGGCGUAAUUAUGUCGACCUUCGGGGCCCCACGAUACUUACGAUAAAUCGCUUUAAGUUCAAGUGUAUUUGCUUUUAAGCAAGGAUAGCUUACGAAACAGCAGUACAAUUAGUUACGCUCCUCUUUACGUACCUCAUGCGCAUCUAACCUAACUUACCAUAAUUUUCUUUACCCUUAUGCAUUGCUUUUUACCAGAAAUAGUAAUAAUGGGUAAAGUGAAACAAAGGCGCCAUUUAGUCCCAUUUUUAUACUCACCAAUCAAUACUCGCUUAGCCCCAUUUUAAUCGUACUACUAAUGCUAGGCAGCUUAAAGCAUUAUGCAGUGUGUAUCCGUUUAGGUCCAUUUUAUACAUCAUCAAACUUACAAUGUCUUCCUCGUUCGAGAGCAUACUUCGCACAGCAUCGGGCUGACACUAGUCCGGUGGAAGAAGUGAUGUAGUUUUUGCUUUAGGUUGUUGUUUUUCUCUCACAAAAUAAGAGACAAAAACUUUUCGAAAAACGAAAAACCUUUCAAGCGAACUAUCGUACCAGUACCGAUGUGACAAGCGUAUCGAUACACAAUACUCGGUUUCAAUUGAAUUUAGAAGAGAGCGGAAAAAUGUACCCUUUCGCAGACGAGUAUAAGUUUUCAUAACUAGUGUUAUUUCUAAUGGUUAGAUAAAAGUAUACAGAGGAUAACACAUUAAAAAACCAUCCUAUAUCAAGAAUCGCAAAAUGAUAAGGAUAGCAUAACGUUUAGUCCUUUUUUAAUAGCUGUGUAUGUUUGUGAUGUGCAAUGCAAAGAAUUGCAUUCUGUUGUUUGUUUCUCGUGUCAUUCGUGUUCGUUUAACGGUCAUACUCGUUUUGUGCACAUUUCAAUUACGUAUAUUUAUUAGCAUAGUGUUAUAGAAAAAAAAUUAAUUCUAAAUUGUCCCGUUUAGCUGCUAUUCCUGCGAUGCGUCGCAGGAAGGCAAUACUUUUAUCACCCAAAAGCAACUGUUCUCGUAACGUAUGUACAAUGGCAAACAUACGUAAAACUUUAGCGUUAACUCCAUGUGUGUAAGGUUCGAAAUGCAAACCCAAUACUCAAUUCAAUCUACUACCGCAAGCUGUAAGCGUGCAGAAAAUAGGCGUUGCGUUAUCAUUAUGUCUAUUCUAUAUCCCAGUAUAACCCCUCUGCUAAAUUGUAAACGGUUAAAACAAAACAUUGUUUACUCCGUUUAACGUACAGACGGGAACACUUCAUAACCUUGGUAGUGAAUACUUGUGAAAGCAUCAUUUUAAUACCAGUCCUCUUUAUUGUCAAUUAACGUGUUAUACACUAAAAGAAAAAAUCGAAACAAGCUUCGUUCGCCUAGGGACAGCUGCAUCUGAUGAGUGAGAAUAUCUAUAUAAUGGAAACAGCAAACAAACAAACACAAUAAUUCGACGAUCGAUGAAUGAUGUACUGAUAGAGGUUGCAUACUCCGAUGACUGCAAGCACGUUUUUUAUAGGGUUGUCUUUUGGUAGUUUCACAAAGUACUUUCUAAUACUAGCUAAUUGAAAUGUAAACGUUAGGGGGCGCUAAAGAAGCGCGGUGCUAUGCACCGGCCGCAUAAAACACCUGGUACGCGAAGGAGAACAUAUUAAGCAUUAAGGUUAUGUAGUAUCCUGGCAGCUCAACACAUCCGUGUAUGCGUACCAUUGCAAUGCUCUCAAUAUUGUCUAAGCAAACACACAUAGUCCUACCAUAACUAGUCUCGGCGUAGCGCCCUUCCUGUUUUGUAUCUCGAUUAUUCAAAAAGUUACUUAAAAAAAUGCCAUAUUAUACUGGAUAUAUACCAUUAACUCUUUUACACUAUUGAUCUAUUGAAUUACCGUUGCAAGCAACACAUUUAUAACACGGAGAGAACGAAACAAAAGCAAUCUUAUCGUUAACCCUCACUUCUUAAACCGCUGG